AUGGGGAAUCUUGAUCGGGAAACCCGGUCUAAGAAGUGCCUGCUGUGUGGCGCGGAGAGCCACAGGCAGAAGGAUUGCCUGGUCAAUAAGUCGGGAGCUAGGCCCAAGGCAACCUCAACGUCUUCAUCGACUACCAGGUCAGUGGGUGAUGGUUCGACCUCAUCUCGACCUCCGGGGGUGGCAACCGUGAGUGCGUCGCCAGGUGAUGGAGGUGACCCACCAAUCCAGGGCGUUCCUUGGACCCUCGAGACUCUCAUGCAGGCAGCCCAGCAAGUUGUACAAGCCCAGGUGGUGUCGCCGACCUCGGAUGGAGAGAAGAGUCCGGAGAAAACCCCAACAACUGCCAAGGUGCUAGUCGUGAAGGAUAUCAGGGUCUGUUCGGUGCGGGCAACGACCUCAGCUUUGCUGGAUUCAGGGGCCACUCAUGCGCUACGGACAGCCACGACCUGGGAUGAGUGGACGAAGGCGGAUGAGGUGAUGGUCCAGUUGGCAGGCAGUCACUCGCUCAAGAUGAAGAUGAGCGAAGCGGGAUCACUACUUAUGCCGCCUGGUGAAGAGAAGGUACCUGGGGGUGAGCAGGUCCAAACCAUAGUCCCACUUGGAGAACUGGUGAAGGUUCUGGGAUACACUUUGCAGUGGUCACCCAAGCAAUGCAUCCUGGUAGGCCCGGAAGGAGAGACCGCCAAGCUGAACAUCAACUCCGGGUGCCCCCAGCUGUGUGAGGCCGAGGCUUUGGCAUUGAUAGCUCGACUGGAAGAACGAAAGGUGGCUUCCUACAUGGAGAAGUCCUGGUUUGAGUACAUGCUCAGCUAUGCCACCUCCGGGAAUCGUGAAGAUGGGUUGCGAGCUCUUCGUGAUGCACCGUUUCUUCAAGAAGUUCCUGGAGAGUGCAUCAAUGGCCUAAUACCAGCAAAUGAGUCAGGAGGAGGAUGGGAUACCCUGAAGAAGGUCACCUACCUGACAAGAUCCCAAAGGCGAGCCUUGCUGAGCGCGAAAAAAUGGGCAGUUCAUCUCUUUGCGGGCGAGGAAGGUCACCUGGAGUUCUUUCUGGCUCAUGAUGGCGAAACCAUCGUCCUUGAGGUGGAUUUGGUGUUCGGAGGACCCCCUGGACGAGAUGGGAAGGUCUUUGCACCUACCUCUACAACCACUUCGCUGAAGUCCCUGUCCUUGAUCUGCAGAAUGCUAUGGCUGUAUGUUGUGGCGGCAGCUGGAAGGAUGACGAUGGCGAAGGGGGCGCUAAGGCACAAGGAGGUGGGAUUCAUGCUUGAACAUCCAGGACCACCUACCAGCGCCUCGAGUGACACAGCCUCAAUCGACUUCAUGAAUGAGACGGGCAUGUUCGAGGUGUCGUUUGAUCAGGGCGGUACAGGGGCAGUGCGCUCAAUGAGUACCACUCUGGGAACCAAUGUGCCGUAUUUGAGAGGAUUGGAGGGAAUCACCUGCGACCACCUCACGGAGGAAUCACCUGCAGGUCCGGAUCAGAGUCGAUGGUCUCCUGGCUUCGUCAAGGCACUGGUGAUGGCGUUCCAUUUGUGGUCCAGGAGUCCAAGGGUGUAUGCCAUGAGUCCGGAAAGGUGGAAGGCGCACGUCGAUGCCUCACACCUACCAUACAGGAGGGAUUGUGCCACCUGCGUCAUGGCAAGAGGAACUGGAAAGCGACAUGCGCGAGUUCACCACCCCGACAGCUAUGUCCUCACUUCAGACCUUUCUGGACCACUGAAGCCAGGCUUAGACUCAGCUACAAAGGGAACUCCUGCGUGCAACCUCAGAUACUUGCUAGUGGCAAAGUACAUCUUUCCAAAGGAGUUCGUCAGGGCAUAUGCUGGCAAAGAUCCACCUCCAAAUGAGGGCCUGAUACCUUCACCACAACCGGAACAUCAGAAGGAGGAGGAGUGCUUGGAGGAGGAGGACCUGGUCAAAUCCGAUGGUGAAGCGGACGAUGAGGCAGACGAAGUCGGUGAGUCCGAGGAGGAUGGAGGUACUAAGGGACACGCUGCAAUGAGAGCUGGUGACUGCAGGCCUCCUGAGAUGACAUCGUUGACCUUCGCUGUGGGUAUUCCAAACAACAAGGCGAGUACGAUAAAGGGGGCUCUUCAAGACGUCAUCCUGUACCUCGGGGCUCAUGGACUACCAGUCCUUCGUUUCCACUCCGAUAGAGGAGAGUACUACUCUGCGAGCUUCAAGGCCUGGCUACGGGAACAAGGGAUCAGGUCUACAUGGGCAGAAUCAGGAAUUCCUCAAUCAAAUGGCCAUGCCGAGUCAACAGUUCGCUGGGUGAAGGACAGGGUUCGCACAAUGUUGAUGGCAGGGGAGCUACCUGUCCGACUUUGGCCAUCCGCGGCCGAAACUGCAGCAGCGGAACAGCGGGCAAGGGUCUUGGGAUGGAGGAGGAGUGCCGAUACCUUUGAUGCUCGCUGGAUGAACGGGAAAUAUGUGGGCCUGAGCGGGUUACUGGAUCGAGGCCAUGUGGUUUUCUUACCUGAGGAGGGAGAAAACUCAUCCUGCUGGAAUGACAAGGCAGACCUUCGCGACCCUUCUACAUGGUUUAAGCGAAAAGCCCGACUUGUGGUGUGUGGGAAUAUGGCGGUGAACAGCAACCCGGAUCUUUACACUGAAGCGGCUCCAGCUGAGGCAGUGCGAGCAGCGCUGACUCUGACAUGCAAAAACCAAUGGACAGUGGGGAUCCUGGAUGUUGUGACGGCCUUCUUGAAGACCCCCGUGGGAAGAUCACCUAGAGAUCCGGUGGUGGUGGUACAGCCACCCAAGCUGUUGGAGCGCCUUGAGCUGAUCGAGGAGUUUGAGCUUUGGGGUUUGGUCCGGGCACUAUAUGGUCUUAAGGAGUCACCGAGGCUGUGGGGUACAUACCGAGAUCAUGAGCUGGGAUCCCUCACCGUUUCCAUGAACGACACCUUACUACAACUACGACGAGGAAAGGCUGUAACUGCAUGGUGGACCGUCGCAGGGCCAACCGGGGCCCUGGUUGCUGUAAUGGUGAUUUAUGUGGACGAUUUUCUCCUGUGUGGUGCUCGAGAAACCAUCACGGCAUUGGCUCAAGCAAUUCAGAGCCUGUGGGAGACAACGGAAUUGCAGCUGAUAUCGCAGCACCAGUCACUCAGGUUCUUGGGAAUGGAAAUAUGUCUACAAGAAGGACGACAGCAGUCUUUCGGCAUCUACAUCAAGGAGCUGUUGAGAGCAAGAAGAAUACCUGCCACGCAACAGGACCGGAUCCCGCUAAGCAAGGAUGCAGCAUCGUUUGCUGUGUUGGAAAGUGAUCCUCCGCCUAACGACUUCGACGUCCACCUGGCCCAACAACUCACCGGAGAGCGAUUAUGGGUUUCCCAGAGACGACAGUUGACCAUCUCCUACGAUGGCACGGACCUUUCUUUGUUUUGUGAUGCUGCCUAUGCCCCGGAGUCUGGAAGGUCACACUCAGGGUGGGUGGUGUUUUGGGGAGGAUCAGCAAUAGUGUGGCGCUCGGGACGUCAAACUGUGAUCUCCCUAUCCACCGCGGAGAGUGAACUCAUUGCCCUGUUGGACGGCGCGGUCGCGACACUUGGAGUGGAAGCUUUACUGCAAGAUGUGGGCAUGCAGAUAUCAACAAGAAUUGUGAACACCGAUAGCACCUCGGCGCUGGCGAUUUCAACAGGGACUGGCGGGUGGAGAACAAGACAUCUUCGUAUAAAGGCAGGUUGGAUGCAAGAACAACUGGAUGCCGAGACCUUCUCCAUACAACACUGUGCUGGGAAGUUCCAAAGGGCGGAUCUAUUGACGAAGCCAUUGGCAGCUCAGAGAAUUGGAGACCUCCUAAGCCUAUGGGGGGUGGUUGAAGAUGUGUCUUUACCGACUGAGUCAAGGCUGAGCAAGUAUCAGGUGGUGGAGCAUUGUCAGUUGACUGGGAUAUGCUGGGAUGGACAAAAGGAGGUACUCGCCAAUCGGUUGGCACCGAACCUCGCCAGCGGCCAUUUCCCUUCUAGAGUGCUUCCCUCGACCAAGCAGCUCAAGUUUGUGCUCUACCUGUGGAGGAAGAAGGAGUUGAACUUCAAGACCCACCUGCAGUGGAGCGACAUCAACACGAAGCAUCGUAUUUCGCAGUGGAUUCACCACUGGAAGAGCGAAUGA